AAAAAAAAAGCAAUCGAAUUCACCAUCCUUGUGUAUUGUUUUCUUAUAUUAUGAUGAAUGAAGAUGGAUUGAACAAUCGAAAUUGGGGAUACUACGAACCGUCUCAGUUCAGGCCAAAUCUAGGGUUUCAACUCAUUCCAAGUGUCAUAGACAGAAACGAGAAGCCAUUUAUUGUCUCCCCUCAGAAUCAAAAUCAAAACUUUAUCACUCCUAAUGUGUUGUAUCGUGGUGGUGGUAGCAGUAGUAGCCUUAUGUCGUUUCCGCGUGAUUACACUGCCUCUGAUGCACCUUUCAUGAGUUAUAGUUGGUUGAACCAGCAUAGAGAUAGCAAGUUCUUUAGCAAUGUACCUAGUAAUCCUUCUAAUCAUCUUGUUCCGGAGACUUCUAGGAUGACUCAACCGAUGCAGCUUUUGCAGCCUGAGGUCGAGGAUGAAUCUCUCAAGAGAAAGCAUCAGAGAGGUGCUCCUAAGACGAAGAAAGAGAAGAAACUGAAGGAUGACAAUAUGCCUAGAGUUCAAAGAGAGAGAAGUCCGUUUUUUAGGAAGAGUAUAGAGAUGGUGAUUAACGGGGUUUCUAUGGAUAUUGGAUGUUUACCAGUUCCGGUCUGCUCGUGUACCGGGAUGCCUCAACAGUGUUACAGAUGGGGAUGCGGAGGAUGGCAGUCUGCGUGCUGUACCACUAAUGUUUCAAUGUACCCUUUACCGAUAAGCGCAAAACGCCGCGGUGCGAGGAUUGCUGGAAGGAAAAUGAGCCAAGGUGCCUUUAGAAAGGUUCUUGAGAAACUCUCUGCUGAUGGUUUCGAUUUUUCAAUCCCUAUUGAUUUGAAGUCUCAUUGGGCAAAACAUGGAACCAAUAAGUUUGUCACUAUCAGAUGAAAAGUCUAACCUCUGUUUUUUUAG